AUGUGUAGUCAUGUCUGGGGUCGCAGAAAAAAUCAUGUAUCGGUAUGCUAUAAAUUUUGACAAGCGCGGGUCUGGAUUUGUUUUUCUUCAACCUUUACACAAUGACCAUUACAUUGAUUGUUGCUUCUAAGGCUUCUCCAGCUAGCUACGGCGUUUUGGCUGUUGCUGCUCAGGUCAACAUGGCCAAGCCUCAAACUGUCGCCGUCGAGUACCGCGAUGCCGCCAACCUCGAAGCCGAGGGUGCUAAUAAGGCUGCUGCUUUGAUCAAGUACAACGGUGAAAAUUAUGACAACACCAACGCGAUUGUGCGUCUUUUGGGCAGACUUGUUCCCGAGUCUGGUUUGUACAAUGUCUCCGACCCCAUUAGCUCUACUUUGGUUGAUCAAUGGUUGGAUUUUGCUGAGAACAAGUUGGCGACUGCUGACUUCAAGGCUUUGGAUGCUUCCUUCAAGGAGCUCAACAAGUACUUGACUCUUCGCUCAUACUUGGUUGGCUACCAAUCCUCUUUGGCUGACUUUGUUGUCUGGGGUGCUUUGAAGGCUUCGCCCGUCUUUGCCCGUGUCUUGAAGACAAAGAAGGAAUCUAUCGGUCUUUACCUCGCUCGUUGGUAUGAGUACGUUGCCUCCUUAGAUGCCGCUCAGUUGGCCGUCAAGGAUCUUCAAAACGCUGCCAAGCCUGCCAAGGUCACUGAUCAGGGCAAGUUCGAGAUUGGUCUUACUGCCGCUGAAAUGGGCAAGGUCGUCACCCGUUUCCCUCCUGAGCCCAGUGGUUACCUCCACAUUGGUCACGCCAAGGCCGCUCUUUUGAAUCAGUACUUCGCUCAGACUUACAAGGGCAAGAUGAUUGUUCGUUUCGACGAUACCAACCCCAGCAAGGAAAAGACAGAGUUUGAAGAGUCGAUCAAGGAGGAUUUGGCUUUGAUUGGCGUCGACUCGUCCAUUGUUACCCACACCUCGGACUAUUUCGACGAGAUGUACGAGCUCGCUUUGAAGAUUAUCAAGGAGGGCAACGCCUAUGUCGAUGAUACGGACCAGACUACCAUGCGUGAGGAGCGUAUGAAGGGUACCCCAUCCAAGUGCCGUGACCAGUCGGUCGAGGAGAACUUGCGUCGCUUCGAGGAAAUGAAGAACGCUACUGAAUUCGGUCAAACCUGCUGCCUUCGUGCGAAGAUCAGCCCCGAUGAUCCAAACGGUACUCUCCGUGAUCCCGUCAUCUACCGUUGCAACUUGACUCCUCAUCACUACACUGGUGACAAGUGGAAGGUUUACCCCACCUACGAUUUUGCUUGCCCCAUUGUCGACAGCUUGGAGGGCGUCACUCACGCUUUGAGAACCAAUGAAUACCGUGAUCGUAACCCCCAGUACGACUGGAUGCUCAAGACCUUGGGUCUUCGCCAUGUCACUAUCUGGGAUUUCAGCCGUAUCAACUUUGUGUACACCUUAUUGUCCAAGAGAAAGCUGCAAUGGUUCGUUGACCAAGGCAUCGUCGCUGGUUGGGACGACCCUCGUUUCCCUACUGUCCGUGGUAUCCGCCGUCGUGGUAUGACCAUUGAGGCACUCAAGCAGUACAUUUUGAUGCAGGGUGCUUCGCAAAACACUUUGCUUCUCGAGUGGGACAAAUUGUGGGCUUUGAACCGUAAGGUCAUUGAUCCUAUUGCUCCUCGUCACACUGCCGUCAUUAAGGACAACAUGGUUCAGGUCAAUGUCCAGGGCGCUCCUGCCACACCUGAGGUGAAGGAGAACUUGAAGCACAAGAAGAACCCUGAUUUGGGUACCAAGAAGACCAGCUACUCGAGCAAGAUCGUCCUUGACCAGGAGGAUGCCAAGUCCUUGGAGGUCGGUGAAGAAAUUACUUUGAUGGACUGGGGUAAUGCCUUUGUCCGUAACGUUGUCAAGGGUGAUGACGGUUUGGCCACCAGUGUCGAUUUGGAGCUUCAUCUCGAAGGUGACUUUAAGAAGACCAAGAAGAAGCUUUCAUGGUUGUCGUACGGUGACGAAAUUGCCGAUGUUUUGCUUGUCGACUACGAUUUCUUGAUCACCAAGAAGAAGGUCGAGGAAGGUGACUCGGUCGACCAGUUGGUUACCCCGGUCAGCGAGUUCAAGACGCCUGCUGUUGCUGAUGCUAACGUCAAGGAUUUGAAGAAGGGUGACAUUAUUCAGUUUGAGCGUAAGGGUUACUACAUCUUGGACGAGCCUGCUACCGACUCGGCCCCUGCUCACUUUAUCUGUAUUCCUGAUGGCAAGGCUGCCUCGACUGUCUCCAAGGCCGAUACUUCGGCAAAGAAGGCCGACAAGGGCGGCAAGAAGAAAUAGACAAUAUGUAUAUGAAAUUCGACAAAUUGUGUAUUAAGAAAAUUAUAUUAAAGUAAAGAAUGAAAUGUACUUUUCGUGUGUGUGUGUGUGUGUGUAUGUUUUCGUGAACCUUCAAUGGGUUUUAAAGUUCAG